UCUAACCAUGGAUGGAGGUGCGUGUACAAGCCGGGUGACACCAACAACAAUUGUGUAGUGUGUACCAUUCUCUCCUCUCAGUACCCAUUUGUGAUCUCCAUUUUUACUGCAAUUGCUUAACGUUUACAGACUUACAGUGUACCUCUCCAAUUUUGUAUGUGAUUUACAGGUUUUGACGCCGUUUUUUUGAGAGUGUUAAGCCGGCCUUUUAGUAAUUGGUUUCCAGUUAAUUCCUUGCUAAGUUUUGCUGGUGUUUCUUCGUUUAUUUUUUCUUUUGCUCACCAUAUUUACUUUUGUUGUUCUGUCUUGCGUUUCGUUUCCGGGUGAUUAGAGUUCAACGUUCAACAGUAAAGUUGUAUAACGUAGUGUUUGCGACAGAUACUCAGAAUCGACGCCGUCGGUUCCUACGUCCAUAUUUCGACCAGUCAAUAGCAACGAUGGCUUCCAAUGCUUCGAUCCGAAGUGUCAUAGUCAGCCCAACCGAAAUGUGCCGCGUUUGCCUAAGCGAAAUGCGCCAAGUGUUCAUCGACGUGCUGGGGCCCAACGAGCCCUUACUUGCUCAGUUUGUCAAUGAAUACUAUAAGGUGGAGAUCAAAGGCGACGAUAUACAAACAGGCAAAUCUACCAAGUUAUGUCAACGUUGUAUGGAAAAUCUUGAUGUUUGGCGAGGACACAUCGAUCAAGCUAAAGCGUGUCAAACGGUGGUGAAUUAUUUAUCUGAUAAAACUAUAAAUAGAGAAGAGCCAUCCUCAUUAGUUCCAAUAAGAGUGAAUGAAAAUGCAUUAACAUCCAGUGACAACAUGAUUCAAUUUCCAUCAGAAUCUAUUCAACAAUCUAGAUCAGCAUCUAUUCAACAAAUUCUAUCAAGAGGUAUAGAGCCUAUUCAACAUGGAUCAGAUUUUCCAUCCACUUCAAAUUCAACAGAAAUUAUUCCAUUCCCAUCAACAUCAACAGAAAUUAUUUCAUUCCCAUCAACAUCAACAGAAAUUAUUCCAUUCCCAUCAACAUCAACAGAAAUUAUUUCAUUCCCAUCAACAUCAACAGAAAUAACUCCAAUCGCAUCAACAUCAACAGAAAUAACUCCAAUCGCAUCAACAUCAACAGAAAUUAUUUCAUUCCCAUCAACAUCAACAGAAAUUAUUCCAUUCCCAUCAACAUCAACAGAAAUUAUUCCAUUCCCUUCAACAUCAACAGAAAUUUUCUCAUCAACACCAAUUUCAACUAGAAUGGAACCAAUCUGGUACUCUGGGAUAAAUGAAAUAACAAAUAAUUCAUUUCCAUCACAACAAGUAGUUCUACCUAAACCUCUUAAGAUAGAAACUGCUUGUGUAUUUUGCUUUUACCAGUAUAAUGAAGUAUCGACAAAUGUGCAUAGAAAUAUUCAGUUUUGUACUAAACAUUCCAAACCCCAUACCUGUCUAGUUAAAAAUUGCAAUACAGUUUUUCCCAGUAAAGAAAUUUUUUUUACACAUUACCGUCAUCAUUUAAAUCUUGACAUUAAUACUUAUUUGUGUCGCAUUUGCUUGGGUAUCAUAGAUUGUCCUAGAAGAACAAUGACAAAAAAUCAUACUCACCAAAAUGUAACAGAUUUAUUCAAGUGCUGUUCUACUAACUUUACAACAAUGAUUAAAUUUGUUCUUCAUAAACUUGUAUAUCAUGAUACAGUUGUGAUCAUGAGUAACACCCGAUCACAUAACUUAAAAAAAAUGAAUCAGAAUGUUUUGUUUCCAACAAAAUGCAAAAUUGAACCGUUUGAUGUAAAAGAUGAUGUUACUUUAACCAGCAAAGAAGAACAAGAUAAGGUAAAUAAAGUUGAUAAUGGAAGUUAUCAGUGUUCAGAUUGUACUUCUCAAUUUUUUAAAACAGUGAAAGAAUAUGUUGAACAUAGUAAGAGAAAACAUAAAAAUACAUUGAUGUUGAAAGAAUCAGAAAUACGAUUAUGCCCUCUGUGUGAUAACAAUUAUUUCUUCAGUAAAUUUGUUGAGCAUAUUGAAAACUGCACAAAUACUAUGAAAAUUGGCGAUAAGAAUUUAAAUUGUUAUGGGUGUAUUCAUUGCAAAUGUAUUUUUACAAAGCUAACAGCAAGUCAAUUUCGUAAUCAUGUUUUGUUCUGCAAAACAUUUAGUAUAGUUACUAUUGAUAACAAAGCUUAUAAGAAAUGUGUUAAUUGUACUUUUCAAACUUGUGAUGAUAAUUUGGCUUUAACACAUGCAUCCUCUAAUUGUCUAUAUUUUCAAUUGAAAAUGAGAUAUGCAUUGGGACCUGAUGAAAAAAAGAAAGUCUUACAACGAAUGGAAUUUGAUGAAGAAAUUUCAAAACAACAAGUGGAUAAGGAUUGUACAGACAAUGAAGCUACUUCUGAUACUUCAAAAGUAAAGUGUGAUACAAGUAGACAAUAUUUACUUAAAUCAUAUAACUAUUUUUGUAAUAAUUGCCAUAAUCUUUUCUUUGAUAAACAUACUUUUUUACAUCAUAUGACUGUGCUAGGAUUUAAUUGCCGAUCUAAUACAUUGGUCUACUGUCAAAGAUGUCUAACUGACUUCAAAAGUGAAACAGAUUUUAUUAAGCAUUUGCCUAAUAUGCCUAAAGCAGCACCUUUGAUUUCAAUAAAAUCAGAAGAGAUUGAUUCGAAUUCUAAUAAUACCGAAGAUAUUAUUAUAGAGAGUGUUAUUGAGCAUAGUAAUCAAAAUGGUAAUGAUGGUAACUAUAGUUAUGAUGGUUACAAUAGAAAUGAUGUCAAAGUGUUUGAAAUGAAUGGCAAUAGAUAUUUUCAAGGACAAGGAGUUUCAGGUACUGAUGUAAGAAGUAGUGUGCAAUUUUCAGAACCAGGAGGUUCUAAUGAUUAUACCGAUCAAGAAAUGGAAUUUAACACCAACGACAAUUACAUGCAAUGUGUAGUCGAAGAGAAACCAGAUUUGAAUCAAAUAAUGAUGAAUAAUAGUAUGCAAUAACAUGUGAAAAUCACAUAAAUUCGAUCAUUUUAAAACUAAAUUUAGUUUUUUACACCAAAUUUUUUACUUAAAUAUUAGUACCUAAUAUUGUUAUUAAUAUUGAUUACAUAAUUUCUGUAAUUCUUUUAAACAAGUAAUCCUAAUAGCUAUUAACCUAAAAAUUACCUAUUCUAUAUUAUUAUUUUUUUCUUUUGAGGAGAAAUAUAGAUUAUAUUAAAUUUGUAGACCCACUAU